AGAGAGACCGGUGUUGGUACUAGAACAGACAUAUGCAUGCACAACACGCUGGUUUGACAGAGCAGAGGCUGGCAUAUGCGCGCUGGACUGCGCACCACUCCAACACCACGCGGGGACUCACAAAUAAUUAUUCUAUAGAAGAGUAUUCUCUAGUUUCGUAGAACAUUUGCAAGAGUGAGCCUUCCUACAGACAGAGGAUGACCUAGAAGCCACCACUGCUGAGCCCAACAGAGGAUAAUAUCACUCUUGUGUGUGUAAGCAACAAGGUGUGUGACAGCAUCCAGGGCUCCACCUGCACCCAGGUCAGCCUGGCAAACAUGGGGGACCACGUCACACUGCUGCCCCCCUUCCUACAGCUGCUCCUCUGUAGCCUGUCAGGGGUAUGGGGGUUCCCCUUCGGCCCUGUCCUUGACGUCACCCCCAGGACCACGGUGCUUUACCAAGGCUUGCUGGGUUGCCAGCGGUUCAGCAGCCCAUCUCAGAACUACAGCACACUGCUACUGGAGGAGGACAAUGGGGUGCUGUAUGUAGGGGCCAGGGGGGCUCUCUACGCCCUGGACACCACCAACAUCUCUACACCUGGCAAUCUCACGAUUGAUUGGGAAGCUUCGGCAGAGCAGAAGAAGCAGUGUCUCAACAAAGGAAAAGACAAUCAGACAGAUUGUUACAAUCACAUCCGCUUCCUGCAGAGGUACAAUGAGACUCACCUGUACGUGUGUGGCACGCACGCCUUCAGGCCCCUCUGUGCUUACAUAGAUGUGGAACGCUUCACUUUCUCCUCUAGCUUCGAAGAGGGCAGGGACAGGUGUCCCUACGACCCAGCCAAGGGCUACACCGGCCUCCUUGUGGAUGGUGACAUGUUCUCCGCCUCCCAGUAUGAGUUCCGCAGCUCUCCGGAUGUCCGUCGGAACUUCCCCUUCCCCACUCUGAGGACAGAGGAGGCCCCCACCAGAUGGCUGCUGGAGGCGGACUUUGUGGGCUCGGUGCUGCUGAAGGAGAGUGUCAACAGCUCAGUGGGCGACGACGACAAGAUCUACUUCUUCUUCACGGAGAGGAGUCAGGAGCAGAUGGCCUACCCCAGCCAGACCAGGGUGGCACGGGUUGCCCGCAUCUGCAAGGGUGACUGGGGGGGCCAGAGGACCUUGCAGAGGAAGUGGACGUCCUUCCUGAAGGCCAGGCUGGUGUGCUCCGUUCCUGACUACGAGCUCCACCUCAAUGUGCUGCGUAGCGUCUUCGUACUGGAGGGCCCAGACGUACACAGCACCGUCUUCUACGGGAUCUUUGGCCUGGAAUGGAAAAAUAUCAAGGCAUCUGCGGUGUGCCAGUACUCCUUCACAGAUAUUCAGAGGGCCUUCGAGGGGCCUUACAUGGAGGUGCAAGAUUACAAAUGGAGGGAAUAUACAGGGAAGGUUCCAGUACCAAGACCUGGCUCGUGUAUUACAGACAUGCACAGGUCCCAGGGCAUUAACUCGUCCCGUGACCUCCCAGACAACGUGUUAGCCUUUGCGAUGCAGCACCCCCUGAUGUCCACCCAGGUCCACCCCAUAGGAGAGCACCCCCUACUGUUCAAGAGAAGUGUCAAUUACGUAAAGAUGGCGGUGCACAGGGUGGCAGCCCUGGACGGACACGUCUACACAGUGCUCUUCUUGGGAACUGAUGAGGGUUGGUUGCACAGGGCUGUGGCGAUAGGAGGUCAAAUGCACAUCAUAGAGGAGCUGCAGCUGUUUGUGAACCCUCAGCCUAUAGACAACAUGGUCAUCUCGCAGGCACAGGGAAGUAUCUAUGUGGCCUCAAACUCUGCAGUGCUCCAGGUCCCCUUGUCCUCCUGCCAGCGCUACGCGUCCUGUUUCGACUGUGUUUUUGCCCGGGACCCCUUCUGUGCCUGGGACGGGGCGCUGUGUGUGAAAAUUUCCUCACACACAAACAGGUCCAAUCUAACCCAGGAUAUACAGGGAGGGAAAAGAGGAUGUGACAACAGCACAGGAGCUGUCCACCGCAGGCGUACAGUGAUGUCUGGGGACGAUGUCCUCCUCCAUUGCGAUCUGCGCUCCAACCUGGCCACUCCACGCUGGACCCUGGAUGGCCACCAGCUCCAGGGCUACGGCCUCGACUCGGGCCAUCGUGUGGGCACCGACGGCCUGCUCCUCAUCUCCGCCCGGCCCGACCAGAGCGGAGACUAUCGCUGCUACGCCGUGGAGAACGACGUGUGGGUACCAGUGAGGAUGUACACUGUGAGGGUGCACCCUGACCUGCCUUUCCUUGUGGGGCCAACAGUCGUGACGGACACUUUAUCAACCACCGCCCCACCAACCCCUUCCCUUCCCCCCAGCAGCCCCACCGAGCAGCCCCUGCCCUCCCUGCUGGCUCCCCUCCCCCCUGGACCCAAGUUCCAGACCUACAGACAUAUGGAGGCCAUGUAUAUCUCCCUGGUGGCCGUGCUGGGCGGGCUGUGCCUGGUGCUAACCGUAGUGCUGCUCUACGUCAGCUUCUGCAGCCGGGGGCCAUACCAGGGCUGCAAGUACUCCCAGCAGGGGCUGCCCGAGUCGGGGGCCACAGCCGAGAGGAAGAGGAGCUCCCACCUGGAGCUCAAGACCAUCUCCAGCCACUGCAACGGCAGGCAGGAAAGCAAGCGCGGACGCCACUCCCUGUCGGUAUCCAACAUGGGUGAUGGCUUCCUCCAGAUCGUGCCCGCAGAAGGAUCUCGAGGGAAAUCGCCGCCCCCUCCCGCUCCGCCACUCCCAAUGCCACCACCCCUGCCCUCCUCGGAGUACGCGUCGUCAGAGUACACCAACGGGAUGUCGGCGACAUUACCCAGCGUCCUACGCAAGAUGAAUGGCAACAGCUACGUGCUGCUGAGGCAGACGACGGACCCCGAGGGGAGCACGUCUCCCCUCUACCACUCGUUCACCGAAGAGCUCAACCGCAUCCUGGAGAAGAGGAAGCACACGCAACUGGACCCCCAGGCGACAGACGAGAGCUCCGUCUAGCCCCACCUUGAGCUCUUUCCCUUUGAUCUGUUUAUUGGUUUAACCCAACUACAAAAGAGUGCCCCCAAGAGGCAGGGAGGUCUAACUUGUAUUAUACUGCUUUAGUUUACCCAGUGCCAAAGCGACCUGUGGGAGUAUUCAUACCUUAAACCCAAUGUGCAACUUCCUGUGACUCGAGACAAGUGGCCCACCCACAUAAUUUCACUAUUGAACAUUGGAAUAAAGAGGACUUUUUGACUUUCCCCUAACUGGAGCAGUCAUGUAUAUAGUCAUGGUAUCCAUUUUGGACACACACUGUACUAGUACAUGGACCCUUUGAUGGACUUUCAAGCAAAUACAUGAUACAUACACAAGUUAGUUACAAUCCUACCUCAGACGCUAACCCUAUUGUGGAAGCUGGUCAAUUAUGAUAAGGUUCAGUGCUGGUCAAGUCAGCUGACAUACUGACAGAGAGUGCUGUGGUGCAUCGUGGGACAAGGGACACAGACUCGCAAUGAGAGUCCAGGUCAUAUGACCAAUGACCAUGAAGUAAGAUGGUAAUGAGUUCGACUGAGGAACUAUUCAAGCCUGUAUGAACAUUAUAGACGACCUUCGGAACUAUUGAGUUUAGACAACGAUGGCUACUGUAGUUUAGUGCCAUACAGUGUACAUAUAUGAUGGCUCUUAAAGACCCAGGCCUACUGAACCUCACGAGAGCACAGAUGAUUGGACAAAUAAUACAUUUCAGUCAUAACUCAAUAACACACACUUAUCUUUGUUUCCUUUUGUUCUCAUGUAAAUAGCAAUUAUAUUUCUGUGGCAGCCAUCAGUAGCAACUUUGGAAAUACUGGCAAUUUAAAUGGUUUUAGGUAAACCAAAUAUAAUUGUUGUUGUUGUUGCAUCUUUGUGUUGUUAGCAUCUGACUGUGUCAGAGGGGUAAAACUGCAGUAUUAUAGAUAGACAGCAGGCUUCAUCUAAGCUUGGCCGGAUUAACACUAUCAUUGAAGAAUGAAGACUAUCAUGAAGGACUGAUCUCUGGUCAGAUUGAUCAGAGAAGCUGAGUGAUGAUGAUGUUGAUGAUGAUAACGAAGAUGGUGGGACCUGAUUGCCAGGAAUGUGUGAGCCCAACAGGAGACCAGAGAGCAAAGAUAUACAAGGAGAUGGAGAAGCUGGUGAAAGGAAGAUGAAGUGUGUGAGGAACCCUGAUGAUCUGAGCCAGUGUCUGCUCAAGAUACACCAAAGGACAAUCAGUGUGUACAAUCUCCAUGGGCAGUAAACUUGGAUGCGGUUAUGGAUAUUGUACUGUACUUGCUACUUAUGGUCAAAUGGCAAACAUGCUGGCUGCUACACUCAAAACACACCUCCAGUAUACUGUAUACCUCCAGUACACACCUCCAGUAUACUGCAUGUCCCCAUAAACAUUUGGAACACUAAUUUCAACAAACAUACGCACUCACAUCAUACAGACAUGACAACAUUCAAGUCGAGGUUUAGAUAUUAACUCUACGUCACCUACAGAAUACAUUUGAGUGAACAAUGACUAAAAGACGCAUUUGCACUAUACCUCUUCUGAGGACUUAUUUGCUCUGUACAUAAGAAGAUUCAGUAUACCCUUGUAAAGUGUUACAUCCAUGUGCUACAUCCAUGUUAUGUGUUUUGUUGUUUUCUGGCUCGAUGUAGAAAUUACUAAUACUUUACAAUCUACACUGAACAAAAAUAUAAGUGAAACAUGUAAAGUGUUGGUCCCAUGUUUCAUGAGCUGAAAUAAAAAAUCCCAGAAAUGUUC